UAUUGGUGUGUAGCUUUGGUACCGUUGAGUAGUGGAAGCGAGCGGGCUUGUUGGUGUGGAAGCCAAAGCGCGUCGCUCCUCUUGCUUGACGCCACACGAGGAAGCCUGCAGGAGCGCGAGGUCCAGCGACGCCCCGGGAGCUCCUGCAGAGCGAAUGUAGCAGGGAGAGGAAGGAAGAAAAGCAGGAUGGUCAUUCGGGUGUUCAUCGCGUCUUCCUCGUGCUCCGUUACGAUCAAGAAGAGACAGCAAGACAUUGUACGAUUUCUAGAAGCCAACAAGAUUGAGUUUGAAGAGGUGGAUAUCACCAUGUUGGAAGAGCAAAGACGCUGGAUGUAUAAGCAUAUUCCUCAAGACAAGCAGCCGGCACAAGGCAACCCAUUGCCCCCUCAGAUUUUUAGAGAUGAUCAGUACUGUGGAGAUUAUGACUCAUUUUUUGAAGCCAAGGAAAGCAACACUGUCUUUACAUUUCUUGGGAUGAAGCCUAGUUUGGCAUCAAAGGAGUCAGAGUCCUAGAAAAGUUCAUUGAGGAUUCAACAAGCACCUUCUUUUGGAUGAAUGAAGUCCUUGAUGUUCAGCCUACAACAGCUUCCCUAGUGGAUCACUGUGACACAAGCCAAUAUGCACCAUCCAUAUUUUGCUUGACACUAAAGAGAUGAAUUAAAACAGCAGACACACAAUGGGUAAAUGGUGGUAGUGGGGUGCUUCCUUCUCUGUAACAUAUCUGAAGUUGAUGCUGGCAGCCAUGUUCUAACUUAAGCUCUGAAGAUGGUAUAUGUGCAGUCAGUCUUGAUGAACAGUGUGUGUAUUGUCAGAGAUUCAGAUAUAUUUUAUACCUAGUGCUGUGUGUUCCACUGGAUAUGACUCACAGUUUGUUUACACAGUGAAAUGUUAAGCUGAAAACAUUUCAGUCCAAAAAACUAAACAUUGCAAUAUUUCUGUUUUCAGAAUAUGCUAAUUUGUGCUGUUUGUGUUGAAAUGUGCUUGCCAUUGGAGAUAUGGCCUGAUGUAUACCCCACUUAAUAAAGAACAUCCAAAUCUUGCAUUGCCAUCUAGUUGGUAUGCAGAAGUAAGUUACAAAAGCAAAAACUGUCCCACAUACCAAUUUAACUUCAGAUCUGGUGUGUUUAGCUACAGGUUAAAGCAAUCUCUUUAUGGGGCCAAGGCAAGAGAGUUUGUUGGCAAGUUUAUUCUAAAAGGAGUAGUACAGCAAAACUCUAGAUGGGACGUUCAGAUGUUUUGUCAAGUCAAGCUACAUUGCAUACAUUUGCCAAAAUUUAUAUUUUUAAAUUUUAGAUAUGAUUUUCAACUUCCAAGGAAUCAUAUCACCUAUGGAAUUGUAUUGUUGUUUAUGAGAUUAAUUGUACAACAAAGGUUAAAUAUCUGUAGCAUGCUGUGUUGUCUGCUCAUAUCCUGUAAGCCAGACCUUUAAGCAGAUGAAUAGUUCUGUUGCCUUAAAGAUGGAACGUACAGGGACAGGGGAUGUUCUUAAAGACAGAAGCAUUAUUUUUUGCCUUCCCAAUGUGUCACUUUAAAUGUCUGUGCUAGAUUAGGUUUGCAGUUUUGCAUAUUCCAACACGGAGCCGUGCUGCUGUUCUUGCCUGUAGGGAUUGCACAUUCUAGUCCAGCAGUAUGUCUGUGAUGAAGCUAAAUGUAAAAGUGAACAAUUACUGAAUGUUUAAAGAUAGUGUGUUGAUAGGAUAUUUUAUCUGCUUUAGUCAGAUUGCCAUUUGAACUUCUAACACCUUGUCAAAACAAUACCUAUUGAUCACCAUAAUUUCUGCUCAAGCACUGCAGCCUUCUUGUCAAAGCAAUUACAUAAUCUUCCUCUUUUUCUCUGUUAUUAAAAAAUCCUGCUUUGGCCUAAAUUUAUGGUAGCUCCUAUUUGGGCACAUUUUCAGUCUUGCCCUUGUCUUUUUUGUUACAAAUGAUCUGUGUGCCAGAAGACAACUUGAGUCCAACCAGUCCUUGCCACAUUCUAGCAUGCUACUGACACAUGGCAAGAACAAAGAGAAGCACAAAUAUGUAGACUUGCAUCCUGCUGUUGAUUCUGACGGCUUUGCUGUAUUUGCCAUUAGAUUUACUUGAGAACAUCAGUAGGGUUUCACUAUGAUGAAUUCCUUGCAUUGGUCAGAACUGAUAUCUAGCAAGAACAGAUGCAAGACUGGGUUUUCAAGUGCGUCGUUUUAAACAUAAACACUGGUACAUCAUCACAGUCAGUACAGGAGUGGGAAAUUUCUUGUGGCCAUCUUUAAAUCAAAUCAGUUAAGUUCCUUGCAGCUAACUUUAAAUCAGGCCAUCCAAAUUAAGUUUACAUUGUGUGUUACUGUCUCAAAGUAGAACACAACAGAAAGUCCAGAGGAAAAUGUGACUAACCUAAGUCCCAUUAAUUUGGACUAGCACCAAAGACUUUAUGCCAGGGAUUUAUUGUGGGUACAGUGUCUUUAGCGGAGACACAGAGCUCCCUUGUCUGCUUUCUUUUUAAUUUAACUCAAGCUGCCCUUUCUAUGUGCAGAACACAGCCUAUAUGAGCCUGUAGCUCAGGGCAAUAGUUAAGAUUAUGAUAAUAAAAACAGAAAAUUAACAAGACAAAGAGAUCAGCUCAGGAUCAGCCAUUAAAGUAUAGACUGAGAAAAGCACUUGAGAUUCUAAACAUAGAUAAGAGACUCUCUGAAGAGAGUCUAUGGAUCUUAUUUAGUUAUUCAAAGCUCAGGAAAGAUUCAGAAGCAAUCUAUGCUAUAAGAACAGGGUGUGUGUGUGUGUUUUUCCAAGGAAAAAAGGUUUAUGAAUUCACUGUGCUAUCCAUUCCACUGUAUGCAUGCAAGUUCUUAAAAGUAUGCUGAAAGUACAUCUUAGGACACCAGCUAAUUUUUAUUGGUAAGUAUCAUUUGGUAGGCAAAAGUCACCUCCUUUAGCAUGCCUUAAUGACUGGGGUGGGAGCAUAUUUCUAGAACAAAAUAAUUUGAUCAAAAUUAUCCAACUUUCAUGCAUAUGUCAGCUCUUUAAACUUAUGGGUGAAUGUUAUUUGAACAGUUUGAGUUUCAUUUUUAUAUUAAAGUUUUUUUUCAAGUGCUUGAUUUGUUUGCAUUUUAUUUUUAUUGUAUUGCAGACUUGGAUUCGGUGGCAUUGUUUUGGGGGAAAAUGUAAUAAUUAAAAAUGCAUCCUGUGUUCUUUUUAA